AGCUGCGCCUUAGUGGACGCCGGGGGGCGUGGUAGGAAUUCUGGGCCCCGGGCCAUUCAAGGUCAGGGGCGCACACUUCCAUCCUGGGCCUCCCCCGCUCCUGGCCUGUGCUAGCCAGGACCGCGCGAUCCUCCUGCAAAGCUAGGACCGUGUCAGCCCCAGUCCAGGGUAGGACGUAAGGAAAGAUCCUUUUGCCAGUGGAGACUCGGGCCAGACUAGAGCAGACGGGGCAGACGGGCUGGGAUCCUGGCCUUGUCGCUUACCCUUCUUCUCUCUUGCAAGCUGCUUUCUGCUCUCAGGAGUUGCCUCCGACUCUUUUCUUCUUACUUCCUUCCUUCCUUCCCCUUUUUUACUCUACUUUCUUUUAUUUAUAUCUUCCUUCUUCCUUUCCUUCCCUUUUCUUUAUUUUUCUUUUAUGUUCGGGUUCUCUGUCUUUUUUUUUUUUUUUUCUCUCUCUCUCUCCUUAUCUCCAUCUCCUCUUGUCCUCAGCUCGUCCUCCUGCAGGGAGCCCAGGGCUGGCCCAGGGAGCUCGGGGUAGGAGGUGUCUUAUUUUUCUCUGUGGGUUCAAGUAGAGGUGUAUUCUGCCUAGGAAGGGCUCACCUGGGGCGUCUGUCGAGGACUGUGGAUCCGGGCCUGGUGUGCCUCCGCGCAGACAAGGCCUCGGUUACGAUCACGACCGGAUGGCGGCGGCUUUGCGUUCCGUCAGCAACGGCAGCCUAGAAGAUCAGAUUAGGGGGAUUCACGGAGUUUUGGGGUGCCCACAGCGAGGGCAGGAAGCCCCUCGCCAGCCUCACUGGGGGCCUGAGGCUGGGAACUGGGCUGAGGCUCAGCCAGGCUCAGUGGAGUCUGGCCACAGCCACGGAGGGGACUCGGGGGAAGCUUCCCUGGCUCUGCAGGCCUUGCGGGUCUCAGCUCCGGCUUUAACCGCGAUAAGGUAGCCCCACUAGGGCAAAGACUGGCUGCUUGGUUGUCAGUAGCUUCUCUCAGGUUCAGAGUAUGUUAGACAUGGCACCUUGUGAGGACCACUGCUGGAGAAGGGGACCCUUCCAACACCAGGCUUUCGAAUAAUAGAAAAAAAGUAAUCCUAAAUUCCAGAACCAUUGGGAUGCAGACUGGAGUGGGUUCUUGUUCCAAGUUGUAUGUCGUCCACCACGGGAAGCCAGUCGGGCUUCUCUGGUUAUUACUGGGAACUGAAAGCUGCCUCCCCAGACACACGGGCACCCGCGAGGCUUCCGGGCUGUUUCCACUGGGCAGCGCUGCCUGUCCCAGCGCUGCUCUGGGCACCGGAAAUGUUUUCACCCCUCAGUCCCUGGUUCUGUCAUCUGAAAGGCUCAGGCAAGUCACCCUCCACUCCUCUCUAGCAUAUCCAGGACCCGAGUGUUGGAUUUGUUUUUAGAGGCCAUGGUUUUAGAACUCUGAGGCAAAGAGAAACAGUUUGCAGUCCUACCCAUUUAUUAUUUCUUUAUGCGCACACAAUCCCUUUUACUUCCAGCAUAAAACACACACGAAGCCAGGCUCUGUGGGGGUCUGAACUAUCUCCUCACAAACCUCUGGGCUGUGUGUGUGGGGGGGGUGAUUUUGGUUUGGUGACCCCCACCCCCACAUAUGCACACUUCUAGACCCCAGUAGGGGCUACUUAACACUCAAACCCUGCUAAAUACUUGGUAGUAGCUGCCCUAUUUGGGGAGGCUAAGGGUAUUUACAGGAAGCCUUUUUAUUUUUUAAAAAUACUAUAGAUAAUUCAUAUCUUAUCUAGGUGCAAAAAAAAAAAAGAAAGAAAGAAAGGAGAGAAGAAAGGAAGAAAGGAAAGGAAAAGGCAGCCAGGCAUGUCCAGCGUUCACAGACAAUUACAAUUAGGAGUGAAGGUUUCCUCCCCGAUUAAUUUUCCUUAAUGAAAAUCUCAGAGGCCUAGCAAACUGCCUGAUGUUUGGGACACUUUGGCUGAGGAGGAGGUGGGGAUAACGCAAAGGAAUGUACAGGGAAAGGAAAAAUAUUGGCGGGGGAGGGGACUGAGGUGGCCGGGACCGGCCACGUCGGAGUUCAUUGUGUCGGCCACUUCCCUCUUCCAGCGCCGGCCGAGAAAGGGGCCCCCGGUGGCUCUCCGCUGGCUUCUCAGCCUUGCUGGGAGAGCCUGGCAUUUGAGGGUCACCACGCAGGAUAGGGACGUGUUAGGGUUUGCGUGGGGAAGUGGUAACUGGGACUGGGAGGAGGGUGAAGGCAGAAAAGGAGAUGGAAGCACCGGAGGCCGCCCGCCCUCGCCGCCAGGGAAGUGGGCUAAUGAAAAACACACUCUUGCAGGCAUAGUGUUCGCACGUGAAUUUAAUUACCCCAUUUUUAGGAGUUGCUGCUUUCCGUUUGUAUUUGGGGUGGUUUUUUUUUUUUUUCUUCUUCUUCCAAUUAACAGAGUGGCCUAGACCUUUCAAUUUAUCACUGAAAAACUCUUAAGCGGUGAGAAACACCCUCCUCAAUUUGGCCAAGCUGAGGAAUGGGAUUAAAGUCAAUACCCUAUGCCCCUCCCAGUUUUAAUUUCUGGCCCUGGACUUGAGCAGCAGCCCCCUUAGCCGGGCCUUGUGACAGCCCGGGCUGCGUGGGUAACCGAAGCGGACCCUCCAGGGGCAGUGGCCAGGAAGGAGGGAGACCUGACGGAUUCAUACUAGGCCCAGAAGCCAGCCGCUCCGGGCUGGGCUCCGAGCUACUGAGCGGACGAGUCCCUUAGGUCGAAUUCUCCUUUUAUUGAUGCUGCUUCGUGCUUUUUGUUUUGGGGUUUUGGGUUUGUUUGUGUUGUGUGUGUGUGUGUGUGUGUGUGUGUGUGUGUGUGUGUGUGUGUGUGUGUGAACUGAUUCUGGGAGCGCAACACGGCUAGCAGAGCUCGGAAUCAGGGCCUCGGAGGUCCGAGCGCAGGGCUGGGGCGCCUGCCGCGUCCACUGGGGGGACUGUGAUCCCCGCCGGCGCUGAGCAGGGCGCGCUGGGCGUGCGCGUGCGAGAUCCCCCCACACCCCUAUCCCUCACUGCCAGGGAAGGCCCAGCAGUCCCGGCGGACACUGGUUUGGGCAAUUUCUUGGGCGGAAGGCGCGACACAGCCAGGCCCCUAACCCCUUUGCUCUGGGCUGGCCGGCCGCUCCUCGGUGGGGAGCUCGCUGGAGGCACAGCGGUCAUGCGGGUCCCGUCCCGGCACCCGGCGGUCCGAUCCAGCAGGGCAGAGUCCGGGGGCCCGCAGCAGGCUGCGUCCUCUGGGCGGCCCGUCCUUUCCCAGCGCGCUCCGGCAGGGGCGGUGGUGGCUCAGUCUGGGACGCCUACUGCGUUGAAUUUGACUUUUCGUGGCCAGCAUGGGGUAAACUCGUCUCUCCGGGGACUGCGGGGAUUAUUUACAGGGAGCCCGCCAACCAAACACAACAGUCUAAUUUAACCUUUCCAGGUCCUCGUAAAUUUUUACAGCUGGGAGCCACGGCGAGGUAAACGAAUCUGUUGGUCGUUCCCAACUUCCCACCAGCCUGUGUGGCUUCUGAAACAAUAACUCCUUAUGAAAUAUAAAUAUAGAUUUAAAUACAGUAGAGCGAGAAUGCGACUUGGCUGCUUUUUUAUGGCUUCAAUUAUUGUCUAAUUUUAUGUGAGGGGCUCCGCUGGCCGCACUCGCACGCGGGGCCCGCGCCUUGCUGAUGGCGUGAUUAAUUGUGAUAUAAAAUAGUCCGCUUCAGAAGUGUGCGUCUGGUGGCGGCGGUGGGAGGGGAGGGAGUCCAGAGGCAAGGCCAGAUUUGAUCUUUUAAUCUUCGUUGGCCACAAUUAAAACAAACCUGAUCGUUGAGCGCCGCGAUCCCUUUGCAUAAAAACAUAUGGCUUUUGCUAUAAAAAUUAUGACUGCAAAACACCGGGCCAUUAAUAGCGUGCGGAGUGAUUUACGCGUUAUUGUUCUGCUGGGCGGACACGUGACGCGCGCGGCCAAUGGGGGAGCGGGCGCCGGCAACUUAUUAGGUGACUGUACUUCCCUCCCCGGUGCCACCAAGUUGUUACAUGAAAUCUGCAGUUUCAUAAUUUCCGCGGGUCGGGCCUGCCGGCCGGGCGCAGGGCGCAGCGAUGGCCACCACGGGGGCCCUGGGCAACUACUAUGUGGACUCAUUCCUGCUGGGCGCAGAUGCCUCGGACGAGCUCGGCGCGGGCCGCUACGCUGCAGGAGCGCUGGGUCAGCCCCCCAGGCAGCCGGCGGCACUGGCCGAGCACCCAGACUUCAGCCCCUGCAGCUUCCAGUCCAAGGCCGCGGUGUUCGGAGCCUCGUGGAACCCGGUGCACGCGGCAGGCGCCAGCGCGGUGCCAGCGGCGGUGUACCACCACCACCACCACCACCACCACCCCUAUGUGCACCCCCAGGCGCCCGUGGCGGCGGCAGCUCCGGACGGCAGGUACAUGCGCUCCUGGCUGGAGCCCACGCCGGGCGCGCUCUCCUUCACGGGCUUGCCCUCCAGCCGGCCUUACGGCAUUAAACCUGAACCGCUGUCGGCCAGAAGGGGUGACUGUCCCACGCUUGACACUCACACUCUGUCCCUGACUGACUAUGCUUGUGGUUCUCCUCCAGUUGAUAGAGAAAAACAGCCCAGUGAAGGUGCCUUCUCCGAAAACAAUGCUGAGAAUGAGAGCAGCGGAGACAAGCCCCCCAUCGAUCCCAGCAACCCGGCUGCCAACUGGCUCCAUGCGCGCUCCACUCGGAAGAAGCGUUGCCCCUACACCAAACAUCAGACGCUGGAACUGGAGAAAGAGUUUCUGUUCAACAUGUACCUCACCAGGGACCGCAGGUACGAGGUGGCUCGGCUGCUCAACCUCACGGAAAGGCAGGUUAAGAUCUGGUUCCAGAACCGCAGAAUGAAAAUGAAGAAAAUCAAUAAGGACCGAGCAAAAGAUGAGUGAUGCCACUUGUAUUCAUUUAGGAACGAGACGGAGCUAGAGAGAAAGAGAAAGGACUGCCCUUAUUCUGCUCCCACCCCCAUACCACCCAGGCCUCCAGCACUCGGUACAACGCAGCGCUAAACCCCAGGCCUCAUCUCCCCCUGGCAAACCCUUCUCAGGCUGGCUCCUUGGCCUGCCGCUUUUGUGGAGGAGGUAUUGUAAGCUUUCCAUUUUCUCUUAAGACAAGAAGAAGAAGAAGAAGCAGAAGAAGAAGAAGAAAAAGGGGAAGGCGGCAUUAGCGUUGAUGGCAGCGUAUGCUCUCUUGUAUAUAUUUUGUAAAAUCUACCUGUUCCUGACUUAAAAACAAACAAAAACUACCUUUUUUUUAUAAUGCACAACUGUCGACUGUGGGCUGUAUAGUUUUUAGACUGUGUAGUUAAUUUAACUUUCUCUUUGUGUGGCAGCGCGAUCUGCCCAGAGACCUACUUGAACACUGUCUUAUCCUGGUGAUUAUGUUUUGUGACUCCGACUUCUGGGCCAGGUGAUGGGCCCUUUGUGGUUGUGAUUGCUAGAAUUCGAUUUGAACUCAGGUUGUUUACGAGGGGGAGAGUUGCAUAGCGUAUAGCUCUGUUGUGGAAUAUGUCUUUUGUAUAACUAGGCUGUUAACCUUGGAUUGUAAAUUAGCUGUAUGGAUUUCCCAGUGAAAUUAAAAAAAAUUUUUUUAAGAAAGAAUGAGUUCUCCGAGGUACAUAGAUUCAUGGUUCUCUCCACUUUGGAAAUUUUGGCAUUUUUUUUCUCUCUACAUAGUCUAUAGACCUGUCUUGUACAUUGUACAUAUAAUCCUCAUAUUUUUAAAAGCUCUCAGACCAGCUUGAAGAUUGUUUUUACACCAGACAAACAGGGAGGAAAUUCAGAGCUAUACAUAUGUGCAGAAGGUUACUACCUAUGGUUUACGUUUAAUUUUAACGGGGGGAAAAUGAUAUUGUAAUGGAGUUAAUUUUAUUGAUAAUAAAUUAUACACCAUGAAACCACCACUGGGCUACUGUAGAUUUGUAUUCUUGAUAAAUCUGGGGUUUCAUUGGGCUGAACACACACUGUAUAUUUUGCAAUAGUUACUUACCUCAAGGCCUACUGACCAAAUUGUUGUGUUGAGAUAUUUAAC